GUUCCAGCUGCAACAUGGAUUAUGUAAAGAAGGGUGCAUGGUCUCCUGAAGAAGACAAAAAAUUGAUUGAUUAUAUCACGAAAUAUCGCAUUUGGAAUUGGAGCCAGAUGCCAAAAUUUGCAGGGCUAUCAAGAAGUGGAAAGAGUUGUAGACUGAGAUGGGUCAACUAUCUGAGGCCUGAUCUAAAGAGAGGACCAUUUAGCCUUGAAGAAACUCAAACAAUCAUCAGAAUGUAUCAAUCACUUGGUAACAGGUGGUCAGCUAUAGCUAAAGAAAUUCCUGGAAGAACAGAUAACGAAAUCAAGAAUUUCUAUCACACACAUUUAAAGAAGCACCUUGGUGGGACAAAAGUUAAUAAUGUUCAAGUGAAACCUAAAUCAAGGUCCAAAAAGGUGGAGAAAGCUAAACAAAUAGAGAUGGGUCAGAAGAAGCCUUUGUUAACAACUUGUCCAAUAAAAGAUCCUAAUGAUCAAUCACUUGAUUUCACCAAGUCAUCCUCCUCCAACUACAUCACAUUUGAUGAAAAUUAUGGAAUUUCAGAUUUCUUAGAAACAUCGGAUCAAGAGAACAAUGUUACUUCAGUUGUCAAUCAAGUUCAUGAUGAAAACAUAGUUAUAUUGGAGAGUAAUCCAGACAGUACAUCACCAUCAAAUAUCGAUUUGUACGUAAAAGAUUUCAUGAAUGUGAUUAGUCAUUCAUCUAAUGUGGAUUUCUGGUUGGAGCUAUAUAUGGCAACGGACAAUCUGAGAGGCUGAAUCUACUUUGAAAGGUCCAAUUACUAUAUAUUAUGCAUGCUUUUCAUGUCCACUAUGGUAUGGAUGCUAAGUUUAUGUACCCUAAAUCUAUAACUAUUAUGUAGUAUGUACUUGCAAUAAAAAAUAUUUGGAGAUAUC